AUGCUCUGCGAUCUAUCGUACCGGUUGCGGAACGCGAUUAUCUCAGGAAACUUACUUACUGUAAAGAGAAUCCUUCGAAGGUUUCCCGAAUUAUUAACAAAUGUUGAUCCUGAGAAUGGUUGGAGCUCCCUGCAUUAUGCGUCAUAUCAUGGGAGGUACCUGAUCUGUGUAUAUCUUUUACAGUUAGGUCAUGAUAAACGCGAAUACACCAAGACUUUUAAAGGAAAUACGUGUGUUCAUCUCUCCUUAAUGAAUGGACAUGAACAGACUGCUCAUUUAUUAUUACAACAUUUCCCAAAUUUCAUUAAUCAGCGUGGAGAGAAUGGGAGAACACCAUUACAUGUCGCAUGUUUGAAGGAUUAUUACCAAUGCUUAGCAUUGUUAAUGAGUGCAGGUGCAGAUCUUACCGUGGCUGAUAGUCAUGGAGAUACCGCAUUACAUAUAUGUAUGGAGUAUGGUAGUUUACAAUGUCUAAGAAUUCUAUUGAAGGAUGGGAAUCUGGUUAAUGACGAUGUGAAGGAUAGAUAUAGUUGGAAGCCAAGUGAAGUUGCCAUGACAUUUGAGUUUACUAAAAUAUAUAAUAAAUUAAGAAAAGAUAUUAAAAUUACAGAUACAACAGUUAAAAAACCAAUUGUUCAUGCAUUAAAGACGCCAAUCUUGGAGACAAAAUCUACAUUUGAUGCGGGACCUUCCCCUGUUCUGACGAUGAAUUCUCCAUAUACUUCUAUUUCAUUGAAUUCAAGUUUACCACCGUUACCUACAAUUGCAACGAGUAGGAAACAAUCUACUACAGCCCUAUCGAAACAAAGUUUCACUCCACUAACUGCAUUACCGAGGAAACCCCAAUCAAAAACUUCACUAUUGUCUAGUGAUUCUGAGCAAACUUCCUCCAUACAUUCAGACUCUACGGCAUCUUCAAGAAUACAAGAAUUGAAUAAUGUAUUAGAACAACAAGCUUCUAAUACUGCCUCCACAUUGAGAAAUCAUUCAAAUUCUAUUGUAUCCACACAAUCUCAUGUAAUCAACAAUAAUACUAUUCAAAAUAAUAAAAAUAUAUUGAACAAUCUAGGUGAAGAAGCUCAUAAACAUGGUUUAAGUUUCUUAUCCAUAAAUACACACAAGGAUACAAACGAUCCAACUUCACCAACAGAUCAUAUAAGUCCAUCGAUUAGGAAAAAAUCCUCUUUACUAAGUAUUCCAUUCUCCAAAUUAAGAAAUAGUAGUAAUAACAGUACAAGUACACUACCUGCAUCAAAAAAGAGUUCUGCCUCAAAAAUAUAA